AUGGAUCCUGGACAUUUUUUAACCAAUUCAGGAUCUAAAAUUCCUAUGCCAAAAUCAAAGAAAGAAAAUAUUAUACCAUCGAGGCCAAAAUUAGCUCCUAGUGCGGUAACUACCACAAAUUAUUUAGGCGAAAAGGCAAAUAAUUAUUCUGAAAAUAAGGAAAGUGUCCCAAAUAUUGCUAAAAGUUCUGUCGGUAUCACAAGAUGCAAAACAGGAGUGUCAUUAAAAAAUACAUCUUGUGCAGUCAAAAGAACUGCUGCUGGUGGUGAAGGUAGUGAAGGUCCAGCAUCAAAGCAGCCAAAAGCAGUCCCAAAAACAGGCUUUCCUUACAAAGCUAAAAGUUGGGAAUUGAAAUUAAGAAUAUCAGAAUGUGAAGAGUGGGUUGUAGAUUUAAGAAAUAAAUGCAGUGAAUAUGAAAUACAGUAUAAUGAUGUUAUGGAAAAAUUUGAAGAAGAAAAACAUAAUAACUCUGUACUUGAAUCUGAAAAAUCAUUACUAGUUUCUGAACUACAAGAAAUAAAGAAGCAGAAACUAACUAUUGAGAAUGACUUAAAUUAUGAUAAAUUAUUCCAUGAUUCAAAAGAAUUUGUUGAAAAAAUUGAUAAACUUGAAAAUUUAAUUGUACAAAAGGAUAGAGAAGUUUCAUCGUUAAAGACAGAUCUAACAAAUCUCAGAGAAGAUUUGUUAACCAAAACUUCUAAACUAUCAGAGUUGCAAUGUAAAGUCGAAGAUUUAGAAUUUAAAACUAAGAGACAGAAAAAUCAAAUUGAAGAUUUGGAUAAUACUUUAACUCGAAAUCGACAAGAAAUAAAUGACUUAAGGCAGUUAAUAAGAGAAAAAGAUGACUUAAUUGCAAAUUUGCAAAACAAAGUUGAUAUUUCAGAAAGAGAAAUCAAAUAUAAGACUUCAAAUCUUGAUACAGUAAAUGACGAAUUAUUGAAGGCCAGGAACAAAAUAUUUGAAUUGGAAAAAGAAAUUUCAUCGAACAAGUUGCAAAAUAGUUUACUAGAAGAUAAAGUCAAUAGAAUUUCAACAGAAUUAACUGAGAAAACAGCUAAUGGUAUUUCAUUAUCUGAAACUUGUGACGAAUUAAAAAAAAAAUUAUGCGAAAAUGAAAAACUUCGCCGACAAUUGCACAAUACCGUUCAAGAUCUUAAGGGUAAUAUCAGAGUUUUUUGUCGUGUAAGACCUCCGAUUCCAGCGGAAAGGGAUAAUUCAAUUCCACUUUGCACAAUUAAUUUCCCAGAUGAAGGAAGUUUGGAAAUUUCAAAAUCAGAUCCAUUUACUAACAGCACCACUAGUGUAGUUUCGAGACCAAAGUUUGUCAAACAUGAAUUUAGCUUUGAUAAAGUUUUUAAUCCUGGAUCAUCUCAAGAAGAUAUCUUUGUUGAACUUUCUCAACUUGUUCAGUCUGCUCUCGAUGGAUACAAUGUUUGUGUAUUUGCAUACGGGCAAACUGGUUCAGGAAAGACGUAUACAAUGGAAGGAGAAAAUGAAGACCUCAAAAGAGGAAUGAUACCAAGAACAGUGGAUCACAUUUUUAAAUCAUUAAAAGAACUUGAAUUAAUAGGUUGGAAAUACACUGUGGAAGUGAGUUUUCUCGAAAUCUACAAUGAAAUAAUAAGGGAUCUUUUGAGAAAUGACAAAGAAGGUUCUUCGUUGAAAAUCAUGCAAAUUGAUGGGAAAACAAAUGAAAUAACAAUUCCUGGCCUCACUAUAAUGGAAGUCAAUUCUUACGAAGAUUUAGAUCGAUUGUAUAUACUGGCUCACCAAAAUAGAGCUGUAGCAUAUACAAGUUGCAACGAACGAUCAAGCCGUUCUCAUUCUGUUACUAGAAUCAAAGUUACUGGAACUCAUCAAAAUAAGGGAGAAAAAUGUUAUGGAUCAUUGUAUCUAGUUGAUUUAGCUGGUUCGGAAAGAUUAAAUGAACCCAUGUCAGAUCCGAGAUUUAGGGAAAUGAAAAAUAUAAAUAAAUCACUUUCAGAAUUAGGAAAUGUUAUUUUAGGAUUGUUACAAAAGCAAGAACAUAUUCCCUACAGAAAUUCAAAACUAACUCAUUUGCUACAGCCAGCUCUCGGUGGAUCGAGUAAAACUCUCAUGUUAGUGAAUAUAUCUCCUGCUGAAAGUUGCCUUCAAGAAACUUUAUGCUCAUUAAGAUUUGCUGAAAAGGUUAAUAAGGUAAAAAUUGGAACGACUAAAAAACGAAUUGCAUAUGAGAAUUCUAAUAUUGCCAAAUAA